AUGUCCGGCCCUUUGUUCUGCGCUCGUGCGUGUGUCCGGGUACUUCAGCUCCCUAGCGGUCCGCCUGUCCGUCUGUCUGGCUGCCGGGUCCCUGGAGGGCGCGUGGGAGGGCCGGGCCCGUGCGCCCUCUUCGAUCCUGGGGUGCUCCGGUCCCUCCUCCCCCACUUCCUCCCGGCCGGCCCGCCUCCUCCAAAGUCUCCCGGGCUGAUCAGGUGUGUCUCCUCCUCUGUCCCCUCCCUUCUCUCAGGUCACCAGCACCCUCGGAACCCAGAGGCCCGCGCUCUGAAGGUGACCCCCCUGGGGAGGAAGGCGAUGGCCCCUGCGAGGACGAUGGCCCGCGCCCGCCUCGCCCCGGCCGGCAUCCCUGCCGUCGCCUUGUGGCUUCUGUGCACGCUCGGCCUCCAGGGCACCCAGGCCGGGCCACCGCCCGCGCCCCCUGGGCUGCCCGCGGGAGCCGACUGCCUGAACAGCUUUACCGCCGGGGUGCCUGGCUUCGUGCUGGACACCAAUGCCUCGGUCAGCAACGGAGCCACCUUCCUGGAGUCCCCCACCGUGCGCCGGGGCUGGGACUGCGUGCGCGCCUGCUGCACCACCCAGAACUGCAACUUGGCGCUAGUGGAGCUGCAGCCCGACCGCGGGGAGGACGCCAUCGCCGCCUGCUUCCUCAUCAACUGCCUCUACGAGCAGAACUUCGUGUGCAAGUUCGCGCCCAGGGAGGGCUUCAUCAACUACCUCACGAGGGAAGUGUACCGCUCCUACCGCCAGCUGCGGACCCAGGGCUUUGGAGGGUCUGGGAUCCCCAAGGCCUGGGCAGGCAUAGACUUGAAGGUACAACCCCAGGAACCCCUGGUGCUGAAGGAUGUGGAAAACACAGAUUGGCGCCUACUGCGGGGUGACACGGAUGUCAGGGUAGAGAGGAAAGACCCAAACCAGGUGGAACUGUGGGGACUCAAGGAAGGCACCUACCUGUUCCAGCUGACAGUGACUAGCUCAGACCACCCAGAGGACACGGCCAACGUCACAGUCACUGUGCUGUCCACCAAGCAGACAGAAGACUACUGCCUCGCAUCCAACAAGGUGGGCCGCUGCCGGGGCUCUUUCCCACGCUGGUACUAUGACCCCACGGAGCAGAUCUGCAAGAGUUUCGUUUAUGGAGGCUGCUUGGGCAACAAGAACAACUACCUUCGGGAAGAAGAGUGCAUUCUAGCCUGUCGGGGUGUGCAAGGUGGGCCUUUGAGAGGCAGCUCUGGGGCUCAGGCGACUUUCCCCCAGGGCCCCUCCAUGGAAAGGCGCCAUCCAGUGUGCUCUGGCACCUGUCAGCCCACCCAGUUCCGCUGCAGCAAUGGCUGCUGCAUCGACAGUUUCCUGGAGUGUGACGACACCCCCAACUGCCCCGACGCCUCCGACGAGGCUGCCUGUGAAAAAUACACGAGUGGCUUUGACGAGCUCCAGCGCAUCCAUUUCCCCAGUGACAAAGGGCACUGCGUGGACCUGCCAGACACAGGACUCUGCAAGGAGAGCAUCCCGCGCUGGUACUACAACCCCUUCAGCGAACACUGCGCCCGCUUUACCUAUGGUGGUUGUUAUGGCAACAAGAACAACUUUGAGGAAGAGCAGCAGUGCCUCGAGUCUUGUCGCGGCAUCUCCAAGAAGGAUGUGUUUGGCCUGAGGCGGGAAAUCCCCAUUCCCAGCACAGGCUCUGUGGAGAUGGCUGUCGCAGUGUUCCUGGUCAUCUGCAUUGUGGUGGUGGUAGCCAUCCUGGGUUACUGCUUCUUCAAGAACCAGAGAAAGGACUUCCACGGACACCACCACCACCCACCACCCACCCCUGCCAGCUCCACUGUCUCCACUACCGAGGACACGGAGCACCUGGUCUAUAACCACACCACCCGGCCCCUCUGAGCCUGGGUCUCACCGGCUCUCACCUGGCCCUGCUUCCUGCUUGCCAAGGCAGAGGCCUGGGCUGGGAAAAACUUUGGAACCAGACUCUUGCCUGUUUCCCAGGCCCACUGUGCCUCAGAGACCAGGGCUCCAGCCCCUCUUGGAGAAGUCUCAGCUAAGCUCACGUCCUGAGAAAGCUCAAAGGUUUGGAAGGAGCAGAAAACCCUUGGGCCAGAAGUACCAGACUAGAUGGACCUGCCUGCAUAGGAGUUUGGAGGAAGUUGGAGUUUUGUUUCCUCUGUUCAAAGCUGCCUGUCCCUACCCCAUGGUGCUAGGAAGAGGAGUGGGGUGGUGUCAGACCCUGGAGGCCCCAGCCCUGUCCUCCCGAGCUCCUCUUCCAUGCUGUGCGCCCAGGGCUGGGAGGAAGGACUUCCCUGUGUAGUUUGUGCUGUAAAGAGUUGCUUUUUGUUUAUUUAAUGCUGUGGCAUGGGUGAAGAGGAGGGGAAGAGGCCUGUUUGGCCUCUCUAUCCUCUCUUCCUCUUCCCCCAAGAUUGAGCUCUCUGCCCUUGAUCAGCCCCACCCUGGCCUAGACCAGCAGACAGAGCCAGGAGAGGCUCAGCUGCAUCCCGCAGCCCCCACCCCCAAGGUUCUCCAACAUCACAGCCCAGCCCGCCCACUGGGUAAUAAAAGUGGUUUGUGGGG